UGACCCGGAAGUGAUGUCUGCUGCGAUUUGAUUUCUCCUGCUAUUUUUGCGAUGCUAAUUAUAGUUUCGAUACCGGCAGCUUCUCGCUUAGACGUCUAAAUGUGUUGAUAAAUGUUUAUAUUUGUCUUUUGUUACCUAUCUAUUUAAGUAAAGAUACCGCAUAUUUGAAAUGGACUUUUUAAACCAGAGUGGGUCCAGACAGCGUAAGUUACAGCCGAAGAUCAGGAUGCGAGGCCCCUCAGGGGACCCCAGUGACCCCAGCCCGUUAUUUGACGACACUAGUUCGGUGGUGAACAAACACGGUCACGGCGACGUGGGGAAAGGGCCUGAUGCGUAUCCAGGACAGGCCUUUCUGUCGGACCCCAUGUCUAACCUCGCCAUGGCCUACGGCAGCAGUCUCGCCACACACGGCAAAGAGAUGAUGGACAAGAACCUGGAUCGAUUCGUCCCCAUCUCGAAGUUAAAGUACUAUUUUGCAGUAGACACGGUUUAUGUUGGCAAGAAGCUUGGACUGCUGGUUUUUCCCUACAUGCAUGAAAACUGGGAGGUGAGCUAUCAGCAGGAUACACCAGUUGCUCCACGGUUUGAUAUCAACGCCCCAGAUCUGUACAUUCCCGUGAUGGGUUUCAUUACGUAUGUCCUGGUUGCUGGAUUGGCUCUGGGCACACAGAACCGGUUUUCUCCAGAGAUUUUGGGCAUUCAGGCCAGCUCGGCCCUGGUGUGGCUCAUCAUCGAGGUUCUGGCUGUGCUCCUCAGUCUUUAUCUGGUAACCGUUAACACUGACCUCACCACCAUCGACCUGGUGGCCUUUUCUGGAUACAAAUAUGUCGGGAUGAUCGUGGGAGUGGUGGCAGGACUUGUGUUUGGCCGGAUGGGAUAUUACCUCUCACUGCUGUGGUGCUGCGUGUCUAUCUUUGUCUUUACGAUCCGAACGCUCCGGCUAAAGAUCCUGUCUGAGGCCGCCGCGGAGGGACGGUUAGUGCGAGGAGCCAAAAACCAGCUGCGGAUGUACCUGACCAUGGCCAUCGCUGCAGCACAGCCCGUGUUCAUGUACUGGCUCACCUUCCACCUGGUCAGAUAAGAGGAACGGCCACGGACAGAAGCUCAGAGAGCCAAUUUGCACACACGUAAUAAUAAACCAAUGGACACGUGUUGUGCAGCCUCAUCAUUGCACAAUAUGAAUGAUCUCAACUGUAAUCGCCCAGCUGUCUUUUGUACAUUUCUAGGAGUUUUUGUUGGGUUUUGUAUUGUCUAAUCUAAUGUACAGUGCAAUUGUAUUUUAUUUUUUUUUAAUGUUAAUGUCUUUAUUUGCAAAUUUAAACAAAGGGUGUUGUCCGGAUGCUAUGACUGCACUAGGCUGCCUAUUUCCUGUCAUAGUAACCACAAACCAUGUGUGUGUGUGUGUUGCUUCUAUACUAGUAAGGCGCUCUUUCUUGUUGCCACUAACAGAUGCAUAAAGAGUCUUUCUUGAGGUCAGACCUUCAUGCUUAAUGCAGGUUUUUACAAAAGAAACUAGCUUCAUACAUUUCAGGGUCAAUUGCAGAUUUCUUUCAUAAAUUGUACAUGAAAUAAACAUGCUCUCAGGAGUUUUGAAUUCAAGGCUAGUUUACUGUGGGUUAUAGAAGUUAUUUUAAUAAUAAAUAAAUAUGGAUUUACUAAGUAAAGUUUAAAUCAAUGUAAGCAUACUAGUUUAAUGGUGGUAAUAGAUAUUAUUCUGCAGAAAUCUGCCUGUUCAUAACUGGCUUCACGGUGUAAUAAUACUACAGAAACCGCUACUGUGGUGAAGGCUGAUGUUGGCUACAUAAGCAGUUACCUGUUAUGUAAAGCAUGUCCUGUUAGGCAUGUUACCCUGAACAGUUUUGUUAGGAUUGCCAAACAAUCCACGAAUGAAUAAAGACAAUGAAAGUGAAUUCAUCAAUAAAUUAAUUAUGGAGAUAAAAAAAGAGGAAUCCAAAAUUGGCACUGUCUGCAAAACUGAAUACUGAAUUGUUUAUUGAGUGAGUUUAUAUAUUUACGUAGCUUUUUUAAAGCUUACUUUGCCUAUUUAAACAUAAUAUUUCAGAAAACGUCUAACACAAACCAAUUGUCUUAAGGUAACAUGAUUAAUCAACCAGGGAAACAAUGUGGAUAUAUUUUAGUAAAAAAAAAAAAAAAGUUUUGCUUUAAUUUAUAAAAGUGUGCAAGAAAAGGCACGACAAAGAAAUGACACCUGGCUGCUCAGAAAAGAAAAGAAAAAACGUGUUUCACUGUUUUAGUUUUGCAGCUGUCUCUCAGUUUCAAAUUCACUCACUGACAAGAGAAAAAGAAAAGAUAGUGUAAUCUUUGCUGAUCUUUAAGGCUUUAUAAAUUCCAACCUGAUUUCCCCAACUUGUGCACCGUUACACACUAACAGAUGCUGUACAGAA